AUGAUGAUUAAAACUAUUUUUCUUUGCGUUUUUGCUAUUACUAUUCAGACCAUCACUGGCAUAUGUAUUGGCGCAUACAACGAUGGCUUGGCUUGGGGAGCUCCUAACGGACUAGCUUUUGAGGCUGGUAUUGCACCGUGUGCAGCUGGUCCAUAUGGUCCAUAUGCUGGAGCUGGCUUUUCUCCUUAUGCUGGUGCCAUAGCUGAGUGGGGAACUGGUUACUCGCCAGCCGCUUUGGCCGCAUCCAAUGGUGGAGGUCUUGCCGUGACCAGUGCAUCUCCCAUCGCCCCAACUGGCGUCGCUAUGACUUCAGAAAAUGCGUACGAAGGUGUCCUGGCCGUGAACGGUGCCCUUCCGUUCUUAGCUGCCGUGUCUCUUGAAGGAGUGCUGCCUACUGCUGGGUCCGGGGCAGUCAUGUACGGCUGCGGGAACGGUAACGUUGGUAUGAUCAGUGAAGAUAUUGCACCCUUGGUUGACUUGACACCCGGACCUCUUGGUUACGCAGGAGAUAUCGCGGGACUCGGCUACAACAGACUCGCCGGUCCUUUCGGCUACGAGGCCGGUAUCGCCGGACCAGCUUACGGCUACAACGCUGGGAUAGGUUUAGGCGGCUGUGGCUGCGGAAAUGUUUAUUAU